AAUUUUUGAUAUCCCAUGUAAAGGCUGGACCAAAGCUAGAAUCUGGACCAGAGUUAGAAGCUGGACCAGAGCUAGAAGCUGGACCAGAGCUCGAUGUUGGACCAGAGCUAGAAGCUGGACCAGAGCUAGAAGCUGGACCAGAGCUAGAAGCUGGACCAGAGCUAGAAGCUGGACCAAAGCUAGAAGCUGGACCAGAGCUAGAAGCUGGACCAAAGCUAGAAGCUGGACCAGAGCUAGAAGCUGGAACAGAGCUAGAAACUGGACCAGAGCUAGAAACUGGACCAGAGCUAGAAGCUGGACCAAAGCUAGAAGCUGGACCAGAGCUAGAAGCUGGACCAGAGCUAGAAGCUGGACCAGAGCUAGAAGCUGGACCAGAGCUAGAAGCUGGACCAGAGCUAGAAACUGGGCCAGAGCUAGAAGCUGGACCAGAGCUAGAAACUGGACCAAAGCUAGAAGCUGGACCAGAGCUAGAAGCUGGACCAGAGCUAGAAGCUGGACCAGAGCUAGAAGCUGGACCAGAGCUAGAAACUGGACCAGAGCUAGAAGCUGGGCCAGAGCUAGAAGCUGGAUGA